CAAAGUUUACUGAAUAAAAUACAAGUUGCUUCACUGGGAUCCAUGCGCCGAAUUACCUAUUCACCGUCCCUCACUUCAUUUUGCCGGGCGACGCUCCAACAAUCGAAUCUGUUGGGUUACACAGUGAGUAGAGUUUAAAUCGUUUUGAUGUGCCAGCGUUUUAUAACAGUCUAACAGUUGAAAUCUAUAUACUUUGGUUUUAUUACUAGUUGUACCGGGUGGAUUCAGUGGACUGGCAAAUUAUUAUAAUCUAUUAUAUUAAAAUGUCGACUUAUUGUUCGGUAGACAGUUGUUUUACAAAGCGUGGAAGUGGUUUAAUGUUUUUUAGAUGUCCGAAAAAUGAAAAUAGGUGCCAACUCUGGAAAAGUAUUUUGGGAUUUACUGGCGAACAUAGAUAUGCCGAUCUUACUCCGGAACAAUGUUAUAAAAGAGUUAAUAUCUGUAGCUUGCAUUUUGCGGAGAGCAGUUUUAUGUCCCCUUUAAAUCAACGUCUUAGACCCGACGCAAUUCCUACAUUGUUCCUGACCAGAGCAUCGACAAGCACAGAUAAUUCUAACAUCAUUGCAAGUCACUUAAUAAAGAAGGAAUUCAGUGACGCUUCCGUGCAAACUGACACUCCGAUGCAGGUUAAUGUUUCUGUCCAGACGGCUAUAUGUAAUAAUACAGAUAAGUUCUGUCAAACAUCAAUGAAGAUUUCGGCAAUGACUCCAAGAAAAAUUCAAUUAAGAAAAAAAAUUAAAACUCUGAAAAAGGAAGGCUCUCAAGCAAAAAGAUCCCUGGAAGUAGGAGUUACUUUGGACGAUGUUAAAAAAUUCCUAGAUGACAACUACCCAGCAGAUUCUUGUGCAUUCCUUAAGAGUCAGCUAUCUCUUCUGAACAAGUCUUAAGUAUUAACAAAAGAUUAUCAGAAUCUUAAGACCCCUGAACGUAAUGCUUUAGUUUAUGUUACAGGAUAUUUUUUAAGAAAAUGUUUAGAAAAACAUUCUUGCGAUGUAUGUAUAAGCUUUAGGAAUUCUAAUACGUUAGGUGAAGACGAAACUAAAUUUUGUCAUUUUAAAUCAUACAGUGAAACUAAUUUUGGUAGUAGUUUUUAGUAGUCCCAUUUAAGAAUAUGACUGAUUAUGUUAUUGCGCUGGAGAACAUAUUUACUAGUAAAUUCGAAGAACUAGUUUCAUCAAACCAAUGUUGGAAAUAAACUAAAAAAUCAAUUUUUAGAAGUCAAAUUUAUUCACCACAUUUUUGGGCUGGUUAUGAAUGAAACAAUACGUUUAUUACUUAUAAUGUCUUUGGUAGUGCUAUUAUUAGUCUGACAAAAUAACAAAAACGUCAAAAGGUGUAGUAAUCAAUCAUUUAAAAUUCAAACAUGUCAUUACUUAG